CGUAAGUGGUCGUAAGACAUUUUCAAAAUGAAGUAAGUGUGUGCUUUGAUUUGUUUGGUGAUUCUUAUUAUCUUUCAACAACUCUGAUAGUAAUAAUAUAUCUAGUUUAGACUUGAUACGUGUUAAAAAUGAUUAGAAGCAACAAGAUAAGUGUGUUAUGUUUUCAUUUCAAUCCGAAGAUUUUUCCAGUCGAAGUAAGACAAACAUUUAAAAAGCACCUACCCGAGCCACCUGCACGGUUAUGCAGAGCAUUUGCAGAGCAUUCGAAACGAGACGAGCCGAGACAUCGUAACAGACAACGAAGAGGUUCAACAACGUGGAGAGGACAGAUGGAGCGAAGGGGCCGAGGGAGAGAGAAGAUGGACAGAGUGAGCAGGAAGAAGGGGGUCGGAGAACGAGACGCGGAGCGUCAGGAUAGCCGGGGGGCGAGCUUUUUGCCGAACACAUAAUGCAUAGCGAAGGAUGACACCCUUAUCUCGGGAUCUUUAAUUCCGUGGGCCGCUGCGAGGGGGGUUGCCGCGUCGUCAUUUGUCGGUUGCACCGCGCCUCGAAUCAGGGACGCCACCGGGGGUAGAUGGAUAAAACCGGCGGCGUUGUUAACAUCACCGUUGGCUACGGGGGCUGGAAAUUGCCUUGGCUGAUUUCAUUUCGGGCCAGAUUAUUUUAAGGGGUUCUGCUUUUCUUUCCCCUACCCGAUUCCACCCUCACUACUAGUUCGUUCCAACCACCCCCGCGCUCGCGACUUUGGCGUGAUUAAUGCAACUUGCGGCGAGGCCUGGCGGACGAUCGAGAAUCGCGUCAUCUGGCUACGUUUGCCUGCUGAUCGAUUAGCUAAUAAACUCGACUAAAUAAUUCUAUAUCUCUUGAGGCAAGACAUGAAUUCGUAUGGAAAAUUUUACAUGUUCUUCUUUUACCGUAUCCAAUUUGACAAUAGAAUCUUUCACUGACAAUUUUGAUCAGACCGCCGAAAUUAAAAAUCAGAGACGACUACAAAAAUAUUGCACAGAAUUUAAAAAGGUCAGAAACAAUUGGAGCGGUCGUCUCAUUUUUUAGGGUGCAACGAGGGAAAUCAUUCGAGUGUCGAGUGAGGAGCGACGAGCCCUUCUUUUCGAGGGCAACGCAUCGCGAAGGGGGUUAGAGGAUCCGCUCUCCGCGAGUUUUAAAGAGUUUCAACGUCCUAUUAUAAAGUCUUCACCGUGCAUAAUAACAUUCAACUCCGUGGGCUGGAAGGCAUUAGGGAAAUCGCGUUGCCUCUCCCCCGACUGUUUCACCCUCAGCCCCCUUUCCAAUUCCCUCCCUACCUUGGCCGGUUGGUCGGUGUCCCGGACUCGGUUCUACCCGGUUCUCAAAAAUACCACCUCCACAAAUCAGUGGAUCUCAUAUCAAGGCGUGCCAUCAUUUCGUUAUUAAACAACAAAACGAACAAGGCCGCCGAAAAAGCAAAGCAAGAAGAAAUAGAGGAAUGAAGUACGUACGACGUCUCAGUCUCAGAUGAAGAUAGAA